AGCCAACCCUUCAAAGACGCUUUUCGGAGCGCGCGCCGCCGCCGCGUAGUGCCGAGUCGACCGCCGCCGCGACGACGGCGUUAGUGGCGUGCGUGGCGAGGCGGCGGCGGCAGUGGCGUGACGUGUGAAGGGCGACGAGGAACCGGCGGGGGCGGGUUAGCGUCUACGGCGAACGGUGUCGAGUCGCGGAGGUCGCGGUGGAGGAGUAGGAGGAGGGCGGUCGCAUGCAAAUACACGCGCGCACACACACACACACACGCGCGCACACGCUCUCACUCGGUCGGUCGGUCGGUCGGCACACGCACACGCACACAACUAGUCAUGUUAAAACCAUCACAUGCCGCUGCCCUCGGCACACGCUAACGUGCGUCUUCCGCGGACGGAGGUGUUUUACUGUUCGCUCGUACACGCGUCGCGUUCAUAUACUUCACUCAUCCUCGUCGGUGCUUUUUUUCACACACAUUCAUUAUUAUUACUACUACUAAUAUUAAAUAAUAAUAUCCUCGUCGACCGCAUCGUUGUUAUAAUAAUACAAAUAUUAAAAUAAUUAUUAAUUAAAAUAUUUUUAUCGUCGUCGUCGUCGCAAUUUAUAUAGGUACGAAUUACGCGAUAUUUUGAAAAUCGCGAGUGCGUGUGUAUGUGGGUGGGCAAAGGGUGCACCGUACACGUCUCCGCCGACGACGAUGUUGCGCGGACAAUGUUCGAUUGGCCGGCGGUCAGCGGGUUGAUCGUUUGAAUUCGACUCGUUUUCGCAGUUUCUCGUUUUUCGUUUCCCGCCGGGGAACGGUUUUGAAAGUAUCCGUCUCGUCUUCUCGUCCUCGCGCCAACGACGCUGAUCCAAAAUGAUCGACAGACGACCCGAUUUGGAGGUGAUCGACGUAUCUCAGAACGGGUUGUUAACGGAUAUGGACACGCCGCAGUACAGUCUUCGGUGGAAUAAUCACCUGGUCCACAUGAUGGACGCCAUCGAAGUACUCCUACAAAAUGAAACUCUCGUAGACGUCACGCUCGUUUGCGAAAAGACUCAAUUUAAAGCCCAUAAAGUUGUCUUGUCUGCUUGCAGUCCAUAUUUUCAAAGGCUAUUCUCUGAAACCCCGUGCAAACAUCCCGUGAUCGUGCUUAAGGACCUUCCCGACUGGGAGAUGAGAGCUAUCAUACAUUUCAUGUACAAAGGGGAGAUUAACGUUGGCCAAGAACAGUUGCCGUUGUUGCUACAGGCUGCUGAAACGCUACAAAUUCGCGGACUGGCCCACACCGAGCGCAUUCCGUUGUUCGUCGAUUCGCCCACCUCUUCGUCGGCGACGCCCACGGACGUCCAACCGUCACCGUCGCAACAGCAACAGCAGCCACCUCUUUCUUCGUCUCACCAUCACGGUUCCAGCGGUCAUCACCACCAUCACCAUCACCAUUCCAGCCGGGGCCACAGUCCCGGCGGCAAAUCCAGCUCGUCCGCCGGCCACGAGAUGAUGAACGGACAGAGUUCACCGGGCAAGGGCCACCAUCAUCACCAUCAUCACCACAGGCACAGGACUGCCGACUCGCCGCAGAGUCCGCGCAACAAGUCGCAGCCACCGCCCUCGCACCACGCGCUCGCCCUACCGCCGCCGCCGCCGCCACACCACCGAGACGGAUCCGCUGGCCGCAUGUCGCCGACCACCAGGAUGUUCUUCCAAGCCGCCGCGGCCGCUGCGGCCGCAGCUGCAGCCAAUCCGUACGACCCUUCGCACAUCCGUCUGCCACAAAUACAGCACUUGCCGCCCAUCACGUUCAACGACAGGAACUGUCCGUCGCCGACACCUCGCAGGAAACAGGCGAGACCCAGGCGAAGAUCAGGCGAAUCGAUUGGUCCACAAGAUUUGAGCAAAGCUCCUUCUCCGUCAAACUUCAGUAACAAUGUCGCAGAAAAUUUGUCGAUGAAAAAAUCACCAAACAAUGAAAAUAUCAAUAACGAAAACAUGCCGACAAAUUUAAGUUGUAACAAUAAAAGGCCGGAUAGGACACCGUCGCCGUCCACAAAACAAAUGAAGGUUGAAGUAGAAGAAUCAGAAAUGAUUGGAGACUUGGGACAAAGUCUGCCGGUAGAGUUAACUGCCAACAGCGGCAAUCCAAACGUAAACAAUAAUAACAAUAAUAAUAAUAACCAGUCGAGUAACAAAAAGAACCACCACCAUCACCACCAUCAUCAUCUCAACCACCAACAACAACAUCAGAGGCAUCCGGAUUUCCCUUAUUACGGACCGGAUCCCAUGAGCAUACCACUUAAUCCACACGAUCCGCAUUUUGAGAACUCGCUGUUUCCUCCUUUUGGACCGUUGUCAUCGCUAUCUCUACAAGGGCCUCCUCACAUGUUUCCGAUAGAUGCCCAGUUUGGUUUAUUUCCCGGUUUGGACGGCUGCAGAAACCCUUUGCUAAACGAACUGAUCGAGCCAAGAUUCGACAAUCCACCGCCGAGUAAAAAGAAAAAGAAAAUGUUCCCCGUCGGACGUCCCAAAGGCCAGCACAGCGCUCCUCGUGGAGGCCCGCCCAGGUCAUGGACAAAUGCUGAACUCACAGAAGCGUUACAGCACGUGUGGAACAAGAAGAUGACUACGUCGCAAGCGUCCAGAAUCUUUGGAAUACCGUAUAACAGUCUGCUCAUGUACGUACGUGGCAAGUACGGUAAAUCACUUAAACUAGAACAGUUGAAAAAAGAGUGUUUCGGUGAUAUAAACGGUCCCCUGGACUUGUUGCACUUCGGAUCCAUAUCGAACAACAACAACAGUAGCAACAAGAACAACAACAACAACAGCAGCAACAGCAACAACAACAAUAGCAGCGGAGGCAACAACGGCCAGUCAAAUGGCACCGGAAAUAAUAACAACGGACCGGCACUGCAGCCGUGCAAUCCGCCGUCCGAGCCCGUCGACCUGAUGCUGGGCCCUCCUGGAUUCAACCCACCGGCGUUCCCGGCACCCAACUUCUUCCCGGACUUCGGGUCCACGUUCCCGAUGGGCCUAGAUAUGAUACACCUGAUGCACCAGCAACAGCAACAGAUGUCGUCGAUGUCGGCGGCUGACAAACACCAGUACUUGGGACUGCAAGACAUGAUCGGUGGCCAGCAACUGCAGUCGGCCGUCGUGCUCGACUACGCGAUGAAGUCGCCGGCUGCUAGUCGUAGCAACUCCGAACCACCGACGACGGGUGGCGAGGGUGACGGUGACGGCGACGGCGACGGCGACGGCGAUGUCGAAGGUGACGGCGACUGCGACGACGACGACGGAGCUGACGAUUGCGGCGUCGACGACGAGGAAGAGGACGAGGACGACGACGACGUGGUGGCCAUGGACUUCUCCAAGGCCGGUGACGUCGGCGGCGGCGGCGAAGUCGCUAGUGGAGACGUUGCCAGCGGCGACGUUGGCGGCGGUGCCGGUGGCGGCGACGAGGACGACGGAGUCGACGACGAAGACGAAGAUGACGACGACGACGAAAGACUGAGUCCGGAAGCGGAUGACAAGGACAAGGAGCAAGACUGACACGGGGUGUUUAGGGACUACGCGCUGGCGGCGUUCGACGCGGUGCUCCGAACCUAAUUUUUCUGCAGCAGUGUUCUUCACCGAGUGUACUUCCUGCACCGAGAAAUGCGCACACGCCAGUUCUACACGAACGCGUGUCCCUUGUCCACCACGUGGUCGUCGUCACAGGCAUUCGGCUGAAUCGCCGCUUCCUUCCCUGCCCCAAUACCAUUUGCGUGCAUGCCCCUUACUUCCAAUCCUAACCCUGUUGAACCCUCCUUCUCCUCCUCGCCCUUAGUCGUAAUCCAUAUUUUGUCUAUAUUAAAAUAAUAUUAUAUAUAUAAAAUAAUAAUAAUAAUAUUAAUUAUUAAUUCAUUCGGUCGAAUCGUACGGCCGUGAUUCGUAAUCGCGCGUGUAAUAUAAUAAUCGUUUUUAGUGAUAAGGGAUUGAAAUAAAAUAAAAAAAUAACGAAAAAAAAAAUGUUAACAAAACUACUACAGCUAGUGAAUACAAAGAAACGUGUAAAUUAGAUUUUAAAACAAAUUGAUCGUGUACAUAUUUAUAAGUGAUCGUCGUAUCGUUAUUAAAAAAAAAAAAAAAAUUAUAUUAUUUAUACCAAAACGUAGCCAUUUUAAAGAUAAAUUAUUGUUCCGAAACAAUAGAAUUUCAUCUCAGCCCGAUAAACAAAUCAAAACGAUACAAUUACCUAAUAUACAGCCGAACACAUUAUGGUGUCUACAUACAGUUCCUAAGUUUUAGUUACAGUAAUUUUAUUUUAUUUUAUUAGAUAUUAAAGCAUGUGUAUACUUCUGUGAAACUGUGAUUCCUAUACACACAUGUUGGCUUUAAGUUUUAUUGCAUUUCGUACGUUUUUAAGAGAUAAAUAUAUUUACCUCGAAAUUAGCAAGAAAACGACAAAAUAUAUACAAUAUUGUUCCUCGUAUAUAAAGCCACUAAAAUACAUAUUUUUUUUUUAUAGUUCCUGUUUAUUCGCCAUUUUGAUUUUUUUUUUUUAAUUUUCUGAGCCAUACAACGCAUAUGUUUGAAAAAUGUUGUGAUUAAUGGGAUGUAAUAUUACCAGUAAUUUGGUUAUUGAAGUAGGUAAUAUUAUUUAUCCAACGAAAUUACAUUAAAACUUUACGUAUCUCCAACAAGCGGUCGGUCAAACUUUAAUAACAGCUUUCAUUAAUAUAAUCAUCAUCAUCAUCAUCAACGUUAUUAAAGUCAUAAUAUUACCACUGUAACAAUCUAAAUAAGCGAAUGAUAAGAGUUAAAGAGAUAUGGUGCGUCAUACCUAUUGCAAUGGUAUUAUUACAUGGCAAACAUUUAUUUUUAUUUUUAUUCUUGCAAUAGUUCUAAUAGGUUUUUAAACUUAACUAUAGAGAAAUACACUCGUCACUCAUGCAGGGUAAUCAUGAAACAUUUUAAUACAAUACAGGUACCUCUAUAUACAUAAUAUAAAUAAUAAUAGUAAUAAAUAUCAGGAACGAUAAUUCUAUUAUACGAUUAUUAUUCACACAAAUACACCUCAAACUAAAAAGUUCAUUAUUUAUAGUACUUAAUAUUAUUUAAAAUAAAAUAGUCUGUUAUAUAAAUAAAUACACGCGUGUGUAAAUAAAAAAAAAAAUAUAUAUAAUAUAUAAAAUAAUAAUGUGUGUUAAUUGAGUGCAAUGUAUUACUUUCACGGUGAUUUAUUUGUUACCUUUUAUUUAUAAUAAAAUAGUAAAUGUCUUAAGUUUAUAUUUCUUAAGUUCCAGCAAAGCUUUUUAUUCUGUUUUAUUUCCUAAGGCUGUGUUUCUAUUCCGUUUAAUAUAUUUCAAGUGUACAAACAAAUAAUUAAUACUUCAUAUUAUAAUAUUAUGUUAUAAUCAUAUUACAUUUAAAAUACCUCUACGGAUAAUGAUAUAGAUUAUUAUACAUUUUUAUAAUACAAUAAUGGUGCAGCAUCUCAGGGCAUUAACUAGAUGUACCAAUUUUCGUUAGAUAAUAAUUAUUCUAUAAAUACAACAUAUUAUAUAUAUAUUAUAAUUAAAUCACAUAACGUCCGAUAGUUUAUAACCUAUUUUAAAUGUGUUUUUUUCGUCUGUUUUUAUUAUGUACGUGUAAAUUAACUGAACAAAAAAUUGUAUUGUUAAUAUUAUAGAAAGUAGACGUUUAGGUUAAAAGUAAAUUAUGAAAAAUACUGUUUUCUUUUAUCUUAACUUUUAUUUUGCGAUUGUGUUAUUAUUUGUAUUAUUAUUUUAUUUUAUUUUUUGGUAAUAGCGUCAUUUCUAAUGACCUUGUUAAGUUGAUUUUUUUUUUUUUUUUGGUAUUGGUUCCUGUUAUAAUUUUAUGAUUUAUCCUUUUAAGAAUUAUUAUUAUUAUUAUCAUUAUUUAAAUUGUUUUUAGUAUUUUUUUUUGUCCUAAAACUCUCGUCGAGUAAAGAUACAAAUUGUGUUGUUAGGUUUAAUUAAUUAAUGUAAUUUAAUUUUAAAAUUAUUGAUUAAUUUACUUAUUAUUAUUAUUAUCAUUAUUAUUAUUAUUAUUAUUAUUAUUAUUAUUAUUAUUAUUAUUAUUAUUAUUAUUAUAAUUAUUAUUAUUAUUGUGGGAAUCGAAAAGUUGAUGAAUGAAUGUCGUUGAAAACGAAAAAUUAUAAGAUGUUAUACGAUUCGUAAACAAAAUAAUAAUUACAAAAAAAAAAAAAUAAUAAGAAAUAAGAAAAAAAAUAAUAAAAUAAUAAAAAUAUAUCAAUUAAAAUUUAUGUUUUUUGAUUUGGUUUUUAACUACUAUAAAAUAUUAUGAUUUUAAUUGUACACUAUGCUUGUAUAAUUCAUGUUAUCUUUGUAUAUUCAGCGAAUAACAUUACAAAAAUCAUGUUCGUUCAUCAAAUUUGGUUUUUUAAACAGGACACAGAAUUAAAUGAAAAUGUCUUAAAAAGGUGAAUUGAGUUAAGUUUUUGAUCCAAUAAAAAUCUAGACAAGGUCAGACAUAAAAAUGUGGAUGAUAUUUUUUGGGAGUAAUCAAUGUAUUAUCACACGAUGGUAUAAUGUACUUAUGUACAUCAAUACAUUUAGGUAGGAUGAAAAAAUAAAUAAAUGGUCGUGUCAUGCUCGUAAUGUUAUUUGAUAAACUCGAUAUUUUAUUUUUGUCCAUUAUUAAAAUCUCAGUCAACACGAUUUGAAUUUUAAAUAAUUAAGUAUUGUAUUGUAUUUUUUUUCACGAAAUGGAAUUGUUGGAAUAAAAUACACAAUAUGUGUGUAUACAUAUUUACAUCGCGAUAACGUGUAACAUUACUAUCUACAAUCUACUUAUAAAAAUGAUCGGCCCGAAAAACAUGCUGUAAGGUUUACGAUGUUUACGGUCUUCCAUUCUCGAUUUACAUGGAGACAUUUACGGUAUUUUAGUUGUUCUUAAAACACGGUUUUUAAAAUGAAUUUUAUACACUGAUUACAAUAUUAUUUACUUAAACUAUAGGGUGUCGAGAAAUUUUGAAAAAAAUUAAUAUUGUCUUGCGGGUCUCCGAAAUGAAUGGCAUAGGUAUUAGACAAUACUAUAAUACGUACAACAAUCAAACGAUUGAAAUAAUUUAGAUUUCACGAUGCCACUUAUAUUCUGUGAUGAAUUUAUAUGAUUUUUUUUUUUUUUAUUUCAUAAUUCAUAAGUUAGGAAUAAAAUAUUUAUCAUUUGACACUAUGUUAACAUUAACACAGACUGACAUUAAACUUGUUUAUUUUUAAAAAACUCUUAGAAUAUCUAUAUAUUAUUUCUAUGUAGAGCAAAUUGUAUUAAAAAAUGAAUUUAAACCGAUUUUUAACGUUCAAAGAAUAACAUUAAAUGUCAUCAGUCAUAAGUCAUGGCUGUGUAGUGUAACUUAUUCCAUCAAUAAACCAAUACCUUUUAAAUUUAA